AUGCUUAUAAGGAUCUUUAAAAAGUUAAAAGGUUACAUUGUAAAAUUAAAUCGAGCCAAAAAUUUGGACUUUAAAAAACAUUUUUUAAGCUCUGCUUUAUCUUUUAAUAGUGCUUUUUCUGAUGUUGUUGGUUUGUUACCUUCUGAUGCUUGUUCUACCCCUACUUCUAUCUACAAUAGUGAAAUUGUUCCAAAUCAAGUUACUGUUUUUGUAUCUUCUGAUUUAAAUUUACAAAUUACUAAUGAUGAAUUGUCGUGUCCUGUUACCCCAACUUCUAUUAUAUACAUCCCUUUAGAAAAUAGGUCUGAAAAAUUUCUUACUGAAACACGUUUUAGUGAAGAGAAUCUUCCAGUUUCCAAUUUAGAUAAAAAACUACCUUUAUUUUCUGGUGAUUUGACCUAUCAAAUAAAAAGAUACAAACGGAGAAUUAAUUACCUUAAAUUGCAAAAUAGACAAGUUAAUAGAAGAUGUUAUGAAUAUAAAAGAAAAUAUCAAGCAAUCUUGUCAAAAUAUAAUGUUCGAAAUGUCAACAAAAGAGACGUUAGAAAAGAUUGUAAGAUUAACCAAUUGUUGCAAAUAAAUUUAAGAUUAGAAAAAGAAAUUGAUUUGGCUAGAAAGCGUUCCCAAUCAGAUCGACAAAAGGCUUGGUAUUUAAAGAAAAAAAUUGAAAACACUAUUUUGAAAACAUCUGAUGAAACAAAUGAUUCAUUCUUAAAGGAGAGUUUGAAUUACUUUGAAAAUCUUACAGAAGAGCUGAAGGAAAGAGUUGACAUUUUUGAAAAAAAUGUUAUUGACGUUUAUGAAGGAGGUAGAUAUAAUGAUGAAAUUCGCUCGGUAUAUUACGACCUUUUAAGUAAAAAUGUUUCUGUUAAUAAUGUUGAAUCUGUUAUCAGAACUGUACUACAAAAAAUGGCUGGAAUUUCAUGUGGCACACUUCCAAAAAAAUCUUUGGCUUCUGAAUUUUUUAGUGAAAUGAACCUUUUAGCAAAAGCUCAAGUGAGAGAGGCUAUGUUGAAUAGUACAAACAAUGUUCUUCAUACAGAUGGCACAAAAUAUAAUUUUAGAGAGGUUGGUAGUUUUCAAGUCACAACAUCAUCUGGUAGCUACACGUUUGGGAUAGAAGAUAUGUUUUCGGGAGAGGCACAAUCUUAUUUUGGAGAGCUAAAAAACUUACUCACUGAUAUGUCUAAGAUAUUUUCUCCUGACAAGGAAAACUACGAGAAUGAUCUUAAGAAACUUAUAUUUUCUUUCAAAUCUUUGAUGACAGAUCGCACUAUCGUUAAUUCAAGUUUUUUUCACCAAUUUAAACAUUGGAGAGAAGCAAUUUUGCCUUUUGUUGUUGAAAACUAUGAUCAGCUUCCUUUAAAUGAAAAAUUAAAAAUUUCUCAAAUGCAUCAUGUUUUUUGUGGCUUACACGUUAUCCACAAUCUAGGAAUAUAUGCAGAAAAAGCAAUAAUAGAAUGGGAAAAAGUGGUUGAGCAGGAAGGUAGUAUUCAUGGUGGUUUUAAAAGUUCUCAAAACUCUCGCACCUUUGAUAUUUUGUAUGAACUUUCAAAACUUACAAGCUAUCGGCAUGGUGAUCAGCGAAAUGGAAAAGCUGAUGAAUGGAAAGCAUUUUUGCGUAAAAGGUUUUCAAAAAAUUAUAUGGUUUCAUUUCUGCAUCAUCGCUUUAAUAUUAUAUUUGUACUUGGUGGAGCAACGUAUUAUCAUAAAGACCACCUUAAAGAAUUUGUUUUCAAUCUUGGUGGUUCAAAUUUUCUUCAUGAGUCAAUUAGGCAUGAUAUUGACAACAUCAUUUUUCAUGCUUCAACUAGAGCUCUGGGAAUUUUUAAUAAAUUGAUAUCAGGACCUCUUUUUCGUAUUAUUGAAGAGGAGGGUCAUAUUUUCUCUUUAAAUACCAUUUGGUUGCAAAUGUUCAAUUAUUUUGUUUCUUGUUCUUCUGAUGCAUCAAAAAUGUUAAGUGGUUCUACAUUUUUUGAUGUAAAAUAUCUCACCAAGGAUGAAGUGUUUGAUCAUUUAUUUUCUAAUUGUAAUGACCUACUUUUGGAUGCCUUAACACAAGAAUGUCUUGAAGUUAUAUGUUGCACAUGUUCGGUUAUGAUUCAGAGUCAGUUAAGAGACCAAUUGCCUGGAGGAAAAUAUUACAAUCCGGGUGAUGAUGUGCUUGAAGAAACUCAAAACUGCCCACGUACUAAUGUUGUGUCUGAACGUGACUUUGCUUCCUAUGACCGCAGGUUAAAAAUGAAACCUAACAUGACAACAGUAGCUGCAGCUGGUGUGAUCAUGUUUAACAACAACAAAACAGCUGAUUGGAUAGAUGGAAAAUCACAGGAAGAAAUUGAAAGGCUAGUUAUAUUAGCAAGGCGAAAUAGAAAAGGGUAUAUAAGAAAGUACAGAGAGAAAAAAGCAAAUAUAUUGCAGUACAAAAUUGAUGAGAUGGACAAGCGCAACUUAGAAAAGGAAAUAAAGGAACAAAAGGCAAGCGAAGAGAAAGAGUUUUUGACAACAGAAAUCGGAAAGGAUGGUGGUUUAAUUUUGUGUGAAGAGGAUUUUGAAAAAAUUUUAGGAACUGAAAAUGAAAUUGUAAUGAAGUUGCAAAGACAAAUUAAAUUUCGAAAAAAAGUAUUACAGCAAAAAUUUCCAGAAAAGUGGUUACAAUUAGGAGAAAAGGCAAAAGGGGAGUAUUACAAAAAAUUUGGUAUUGAUAAAUUAAAAACCAAUCUAAUAUCAAUUUUUAAAUUUUUAAAAGAAGUUCCUGAACAACGCGCAACUGCAAUAAAAUGUUCAGUUAUCAGACAGAUUAAUGAAAGAAAAGAAAUGUUGUUAACAUUAAAAAAAAAAGUCAGAUUAGAGGUUGACGCUAGGUUAAUUAUGGAAACUGGAAGUAAAAUAAGAACAGGCACAUCAAAGAGAGGGGUUCCAAAGUUUUUAGGAAAAAGAAUAAAACAUAAAAUGGUAGAUAAUGAUGGCAAGGAUGUAUGGUAUUCAGGGCUCGUGGUUAGUGUUCUAGACGACAAUGAAUUUGAUGAAGAGUGUGAGUUUCAGAUACUAUAUGAUGGAUAUGAAGAUAAGUAUGAUAUUGAGUUGGUCAAAGAGUGGAGGAUGAAAUGUGUUGUGGUAGAGGGAAAAGCUGAUGGUUAUGUGGAGGGUGAAGUUUGUAAAAAGCAAAAAUGCAGUUAAUAUCAUUUUUGACAUAAUGGGGAUUUAAUUUAUUGUAUUUAUGUUUGUUAUUAUUCUUAUUAUUAAUAAUAUUAUUGUUAUUAUUAUUUUUAUUGUCAUUCAAUUUAAUGUGUUCUUGUUUGUGUUCUGUUUGGUCAUCUGGAGCGGUGUUGGCGCACCGACAAUUCUUUAUAUGUAUAUUUGUUUUCUAUUGGACAUCUGCCGUCAUGGUGACAUACCCGUAAGUCAUGCUUUCUAUUUUUGUGCUGACAUACCUGUCAAUACAUGUAUCCUUGUGUUUACAUUUUUUUGUGUUUGGAUGUAUGUUUUUGUAGGUGUGUCUGCAAUUAUUUGCAUGUUUGUUUUUACUCACUUGUUAGUCAUUAUAUGCAUGUUUGUGUUUAUGUAUCUGUUAGUCAUUAUGUGUAUGUUUGUGUUCUGUUGGACCUCUGAAGUGGUGUUGAUGCACAUGUAAGUCACUAUAUGUAUGUUUGUGUUUAUGUACCUGUUACUCAUUAUGUGUAUGUUUGUGUUCUGUUGGACCUCUGGAGCGGUGUUGGCGCACCCGUAAGUCACUAUAUGUAUGUUUGUGUAUAUGUAUCUGUUAGUCAUUAUGUGUAUGUUUGUGUUCUGUCAGACCUCUGGAGCGGUGUUGACACACCCGUAAGUCACUAUAUGUAUGUUUGUGUUUAUAUACCUGUUACUCAUUAUGUGUAUGUUUGUGUUCUGUUGGACCUCUGGAGCGGUGUUAACACACCCGUAAGUCACUAUAUGUAUGUUUGUGUUUAUGUACCUAUCAGUCAUUAUGUGUAUGUUUGUGUUCUGUUGGACCUCUGGAGCGGUGCUGACCCACCCGUAAGUCAUUAUAUGUAUGUUUGUAUUUAUGUAGUCAUUAUGCGUAUCUUUGUGUUUAUCUACCUGUAAGUCAUUAUAUGUAUCUUACUCUUUUGUUGGAACUGUGGAAUGACUAUAAUUUCAUUUGAUAAUGCAGGUGUUGUCGAUAGUU